UCCACUAGGUGGGAUCAUUCUCUGCAGCACGUCGACGACACUGGUCAAUUGCAUUUAACAGAAACGGUCCGAUUUCUUCACUUACUUUAUAAGAAUCAGAAUAAGAAACUUUACUUUAGAAAAGACGAUUAUACUCUACGUUGGUUAUAGUCGUUCCGGGUUUCAACUCAAGCGACAGUUUUAACUGCUUCUGCAAGACAAUGGCCAAGGGAGAAGACGCUCACCUUGCAAUGGCUCAGGUUCAUCAGAGUGAUGGCUCUAGCGUGAUUUUUAAUCAGUGCAGCCCCUCAUCCUACUACUCCAGAAAUAGUUAUGAAAGCAGCCCUUCCCUAUCUUCUGGCAGUGACAGGGGGCGUCACAGAUCUUCAUCAUCCAGCAAUAGUUCCUCUCGUUCCAGGUCCCGCUCUCAUCCUCGCUGCCACAGACAUUCUCACUGUCGUAGCCAUCGAAGACACCGCCACUCGGCACGCCGGCACAGAGCACACUCCCGAUCCUAUAGUCGCUCACCCUCACUAGACAGGUAUCACGGGCACCGUCGAAGGUCCACUUCCAGAUCUCGCUCCAGGUCUUCAUUUGCUGGUGGGAGGUGCAGCAAGAGUCGUCUUAACAGGUUUCCCAAAUCACAGUCCAGAGCCUAUAGAAGCCCAUCAAGAUCUUCUGGAAGUUCAAUCAGCCUGAGCUUGGAAGAUAAAAGAGAACUUCUUAAAGCUGCAAAGACCAAUGCCAUGAAGCUGCUAGGAGUGGGGAAACUGGAGAUUCCUGAUAGUGUGAAACCGAUCCUGACAGAUGAGCUGGAGGAGCCACGAAGGUUGCUGCCAAAGUUUGAGCCAAGGGUGAGAUCGCACCCUGAAAAGACAUCACAGAGCGAUGAAGCGGAGGCCACCAUCAUCAGCCCAAAGAUGGCCGCAAAACCCAAAACCAUCACUUUCAGCAUCAAUAAUUGUGUGGCAAGACCAGGCAUAAUGGUGCCAUGUGAGCCUAAGGUAACAGCGCCCACAGUGGACAGCUAUGAAAGCACUAAUCCCUAUGGCCACUGGGUCCCAGUCGUGUCCAGUCAGUCUGCCAGGCCACGGAAGCAAGUGCGCAAGAAGUCACGUUAGGAUAGACCACAACCGAGAGACCAUACUGCAUGUACUGUAAAUAAUUUGUACAUAUGCGCAAUCAUUUUUUCAUCGUGACAUUUUCUUUCAGAUUUAAAUUGGAAGAGGUGACGAAAUCAUUCAGGUGGGAUUAGUUUAUUCCCCGAGUCAUGUACCUAUGUUCAAAUAAAGUAUUUAUUGAUGAAAAGAAA